UGGACUGACCAUGUGGUGGCGGUAGCUUGCGUUUCGCCGAUUGUCCGCAGAAGAAGAAAAGGUUUCCGCCUUUUACCGGAAGUACAUUCGCUCAACUUUGCCGGAGUAAAGUCGCUAACACGAUGCUGGAAAAGGCAAAGACCCAGAAAAGAGGUGACAAGAAAAGGGCCGACCAUGCAGACGCCGGCCCUGGAGGAGAGAAGAGGAGGAAGACGGCAGAAGACGGGUGCAAGGCUCCAGGCGAUCGUGGGAAAAAGCGUCUGGACGCAGAGAGCGUCGGUUACUUUCGUCGAAUUGGGGAGAGACUGAAGGAAGACUUUGAAGACGCUGAGGCCAGAGCGAUGUUUGUGGAAAACAUCCUGCGCGAAAUCCAAGGCAAAGCGGCCGUGGUGGCGACGGACGGCACGGGAAGUAUCGCUCUGCAGCGCCUCCUCCCGCUGUGCAGUCCCGGCCAGGUGGCGGAGGUGCUGUCUGAGCUGGGCGGCGAAUCGGGGUCAGAGUUCAAGGCCGUUUCCUGUGACCAAUGCGGCGGCCAUGUCGUGGAGAGCGCCGUCAGACAGGUGUCCAGGUCAGCAGAGCCCUCUGCCACCGCCGAUGACGAGGAGGAGGAUGGCGACGGUGUCCUGGAAGUCCAGGUGUUGUCUUUGAGUCGAGUGGUAAGAGACAACAUCCCAGAGUUCAUCAACCACGGUCACGGCUCCUACGUGCUCCGCACACUCCUGCACGUGCUGGCUGGCUGUGUAGGACCUCCCCGCACCGAACCACGUCCAGGAACAAAAGACCGCAACGCCCCCCCUCAGCUGACAGACUUUGAGAUCCCGACAUCGUUCUGGUACGAGCUGAAGAGCCUCACAGAGAGUCUAAUGGACAAUGUAAAAGUAAGCAUCGCCGGCUCUGUUGCCAGCGCCGUGUUCCAGACCAUGUUGACCGUGUGCCACAGGAAACGACCCAAACUCUGCAAGCAGCUCCUGAGGCGCACGGCCGGGUACUUGACGAGCUGCUCCGCUGCUCCUGGUGUCAGUCCCCUUCUGGUUUUUCUCAAAGACCAAGCCGCCAGUCGCCUCCUCGAGACCGUCAUUCAGCUCUCGCCCAAGUCCCUCCUCCGUGACCUUUACAAGAACCACCUCAAGGGUCAGCUGGUGGACCUCGCCCUCCAUCCAAUCGGUAACUUCCCCAUACAGAGGCUGACCGCCGUCACGGCCAAAACCAAGCUGUUUGCCCGCUUGUUCGACGAGCUGCUCGGAGGCGUGGAGGCCAUCUUGGCGUCAGGUCACAUGGGUGUGAUCGUGCAACUGGCAGAAAGUUGCGCAGAAAGUGGAGAAAGACAGGAAGAAUUAAUGCAGUGUCUACUCAAUGCAUUCCACUGUGCAGAGCCCGGCUCCCGGCAUGUCCACUGCCUCCCUCUCUUCAUGUCCCUGCUCACCUAUGAAGUGUACUACCACUCUGACACAGCAGAGGGCAGUGUUCAGACCCAGGUCCCUCUGUCCUCCAUCUGUUACCAUGGCUCCCGGCUGGUGCAGGCGCUCGCCAAGUUCAAGGAGCGCUCCCACCUCCUCAGCAGUCUGCGCGCGCUGACCCCGGAGGACCUCCUGACCAUGGCGUGUGACCCGUCUGGCAGCCACGUCCUCCAAGCUCUCAUCACCACAUCCAGCGACAAGGGGCGGGGGAAGAUCCUCAGGAGGCUGGAGGGUUUGUACGUGCGGAUGGCGUGCUCCAGGCUGGGCAGUCGAUUGCUGGAGGCCAUAUGGAGCAACGCCUCAGUCAGUCACAGACAAAGUAUCGCACAGGAGCUCGUGCCGGGCGAAAUCCAGCUGAGGUCGGACCAAUUUGCUCGCCACGUGUGGGGGAAAUUCGCACUCUCACACUUUAUUCACCGGCGAGCCGUCUGGCAGGAAAUCCAAACCGGCGAGUCCAAGAAGCGCAAACUUUUCAAUGAUAUUCUGGAGUAGAACUAAAAAGGCCUUAGUACGUUUUAUUACAUUUGAUUGACAAGAUUAUGACCACCGUGUAAAUUCCAAUAUUAACCUCUUAAGGCCCAAGCUGUUUGUUUACAUGUGUUUUUUUUUUUAUUUCUCUUUGCUAUUUGGGCUUAUUGGACCCUAAUUAGAAUAACAACUAAAAAUCAUCUUUUGAUAUGAUGUACUUAAUUUUUACACUUUGUUUUCCAAAUUCCAUUGUAUGUUAUACUCUUCUGACACCACCAGAUGGCAGUAUAAGUGUCCACAUAAGUGGCCAUAAGACCCCAAUUCAGUAGUGUACACAAUUUUGGAAAUAAGAGCAAAAAGAUGCUGUCCACGCAUGUGGCCACUAGGGCCUUUAGAGGUUAAAGAAGAUAACAUUGUAUCGGUAUCAUUGGAAUGUAUCUUCCUAUGUUAGACAGAACAAACACCACCAAUAAGAGCAGGAAUAAAACUCAGACUUACUAAACGCAGGGAUGUUUUCUGGUCACGUAACACGUUUGCCUAUAAGAUUGGUUGUCAAAGUCACUGGUAAACAUUUAUUAUGCAAAUUAGUCACUCUUAUUAAUGAAAUACAAAUACAGGAAACGGUGACCGGCAUAUAGUGGGGUUGUGUACCUUUAUGAGGUGAGUAUGUAAGGCUGUCCACAAGGUUGCGGAGUGUGUUUUAUAGGAAUUUCCCACCAUUCUUCCAAAAGCGCAUUGGUGAGGUCACACACUGAUGAUGUUGGUGGAGAAGGCCUGGCCCUCAGUCUCCGUUCUGAUUCAUCCCAAAGGGCUCAGGUCAGGACUCUGUGCAGGCCAGUCAAGUUCAUCCACACCAGACUCUUACAUCCAUGUCUUUACGGACCUUGCUUUGUGCACAAGGUUGCGGAGUGUGUUUAUAGGAAUUUUCCACCAUUCUUCCAAAAGCGCAUUGGCUCCCAGUCUCCGUUCUAAUUCAUCCCAAAGGUGUUCCAUCGGGUUCAGGUCAGGACUCUGUGCAGGCCAGUCAAGUUCAUCCACACCAGA